AUGGAUACAGAAGGAAGACCCGCAGGCCCGCGGGGUCCCCGGGAGCCUGGGCAGGCGCCGGCGGCCGCGCUGGGCACCGCCCCCGGGUCUGGCAGCCCCGGCCGGCUUCCGGCUUCCGGGACCGGGGGCGCUCGGCAGCCGGGAGGGCGGAGCCACGGGCAGGGCGCCGGCGCGGGCGGCGUGGGGUGGGCGUGGCCCGGGUGGAGGCGCCCGGACUGGGGCGGCCGCGGGACGGCCGCGCUCGGGCGUCUGAGCCGGAGGGACCCGGGCGGGACGCACGUGCGCGCCGAGCUCCGCUCGCGGGUUGCGGCGGGGGAGAAGCCGCUGUCCAGCCCGGAGGUUGACGGUGCCGUGCAUCCCCGCGGACGCCUGGGUGCGCGCCGGGCGCUGCGGUGUGAGCGUAGGCUGGCGGGAACGGAUCCGGAGAUCCUUGGAAGCUGCACCCCAAGUCAGGCGGGCGCCAUCAUGCCUCAGCAGCUCCUGAUCACCGUGUCCCCUGAGGUGAAGUUGAAGCAACCCAGGAAGACCAAGAAGGGGGCAUCCCUGUGGGACAAUGUGACGAAAACGUUUGAAGGAGGAGGUAAAAAGAUGAGUGAUUACCUCUCCUUGUUGGUGCUGGUGUUUGGUCAGUGUCUCAGCUGUAGCCCAGCCUGGCCUGUGACGUGCUGUGUAGCAGAGGCUGGUCUAACUCUUUAUCCUCCUGCUUCCACCUCCCGAGUGCAGGGAUUGGAGGUGUGUGCCACCAUGCCUGCUGUGCUAUCCUGUGAUGCUGACGGGACCCAACCAGAAAGUUUAACUGAUGGAAUGGCCCCCGGCGCCUUUGCAGCAGAAUCCCAGGAAUCACUGACUUUCAAGGACAUAGCUGUGGACUUAUCCCAGGAGGAGUGGGGGCAACUGGCUCCUGCCUACCGGGAGUUGUAUCGGGAGGUGACGCUGGAGAACUACAGGAACCUGGUGUCAGUUGCAGGAUGUCAACUUUCCAAGCCUAGUGUGAUUUCCCAGCUGGAGAAAGGAGAAGGACCAUGGAUGGCAGAGAGUCGAGGCCCAGCGGAUCCCAUUUUAGAUGUGAAGAGUAAACCAGAAGCCAAGGAGUCAACGGCAGAGAAUGACAUUUCCCUCAAGUUCUGUCAUGGCAUCAUGAGUGAAAGGCUCAGAAAGGGUGAUGUAGUUUGUUCUACACUGAAGAAAGCCUCCAGUUGUGAUGAUACAGGAGAAAGGCAGCGGGGAGCCCGCGGGAAAGGUGUGAGACAAGCCGUUUUGACCCACAAGAAGCGACACCAAGAAGGGAACAAACUGGGGGGAAACCUCCAGAGUUCCGACGUUAUUUUAGAACAGAAGCCCCAGAGCUACAGCCCAGCCAGGAGGAGGAGGAACAAAUCUAAAUCCGAUUCGGUCAGCCGCCCGGUGAGCUGCGUAAGGGCCCGGAUGUACGGCUGCAGUGUGUGUGCAAAGACGUUCAAACAGCCCGUCCACCUCGCUGAGCACGUGAGGGUCCACACGGGCGAGAAGCCGUUCCGGUGUGAGCAGUGCGGCCGGGCCUUCAGCCAGAGCGCCUCCCUGAGCACGCACCGCAGGAUCCACACGGGCGAGAAGCCCUUCCGGUGUGAGGCGUGCGGCCGGGCCUUCCGGCACCGCUCCUCGCUCAGCCAGCACCGCCGCACCCACACCGGGGAGCGGCCCUUCGCGUGCGACCGCUGCCCCAAGGCCUUCAGUCAGAACGUCAGCCUGAGCCAGCACCUGAGGACGCACUCCGGAGAGAAGCCCUUCGGCUGCCGCGAGUGCGGGAAGGCCUUCCGGCAGGUCCGCCACCUCAGCGAGCACGCGCGCAUCCACACGGGCGAGAAGCCCUACGCGUGCCCCGCCUGCUGCAAAACCUUCAGCCACAGGGCCUACCUCACACACCACCAGCGAACGCACACCGGGGAGCGGCCCUACGCCUGCCAGGAGUGCGGGAAAGCCUUCAGGCAGAGGAUCCACCUCAGCAACCAUCAAACGGUCCACACGGGCGUGAGGGCCUACGAGUGCGGCCGCUGCGGGAAGGCCUACCGGCACGACUCCUCCUUUAAGAAACACCAGAGGCGGCACAGCGGGGAGAAGCCUUACGAGUGCAGCGAGUGCGGAAAGUCCUUCAGCUACAACUCGUCCCUGAGCCGCCACCACAAAAUACACAGGAGGAACGCUUGCCGAGACACUGCCUGAGAAAAUGGCCGCGGACGUGAGGACGAAGGGCAGCUCCAAACUGGCGACUGACUCGGAGCUUUAAAAUUUCAGGACCCAAACAAACUUGAGAAAUUGAUAACAACGACGACGACGGCAACUUUCGACUUUGCCAAUAGUGUAAAUAAACACUCCUUUGAUUACUACUGCCUGACACUCAUGUGCAAUGAUAAAGUUGCCAUUAUAUAUAAAAAAAAUCAGUUAUUUUUUAUCAUUUUAUGAUAAAUUAAUAAAUUAUACCUUUGUGGACUCGCUGA